GUGUCAGAGGAAGCGCCGCUGUAGCAGCAGCCCCGCCGGCCCCGCCAUGGAGAGGAAAAUUAAUUUGGAUUUGAAUGAAGACUUUUCGUCGGAGCCAUUUUUGGAUGCAUUCGUUAAAGAAAUAACCGAGCAAGACCCUUCAUUUCUAAUCGGCGUUUUCAUCGCUAUAGCUGUUGUUAUUAUUACAAUAGUGUUUUUGAGAUUUUUCUUGGGCACCAAGAAGAGCAGAAAUGCAGUGUUGCUAGUUGGUUUGUGUGACUCUGGAAAAUCCCUCCUCUUCAGCCGGCUGUUGACAGGGAAAUUUGUCAAAACUGUGACCUCCGUUACCGAGAACAAAGCGUCCUACAGAGCAAAAAACGAGAAGGCUACCAUCUGGACUCUUGUGGAUGUUCCUGGUCAUGACAGUCUAAGAACUCAGCUUCUGGAGAAGUUGAAGGAUUCUGCCAGAGCGAUCGUGUUCGUAGUGGAUAGCGCCAUGUUCCAGAAGGAGGUAAAGGACGUGGCUGAGUUUCUUUAUUCCCUCCUGACGGACAGCGUGGUGACCAAGAACGCUCCGACCAUGCUGAUCGCCUGCAACAAACAAGACAUCACCAUGGCAAAAUCGGCCAAACUGAUUCAGCAGCAGCUGGAGAAAGAGCUAACCACCCUGAGGGUGACCCGCUCGGCGGCCCUGACGUCUCAGGACGGCUCGGUUCGGUCCACGACGCACCUGGGCAAGAAGGGCAAGGACUUCGAGUUCUCCCAGCUGUCCAUGCAGGUGGAGUUUGUGGAGUGCAGCGCACGCAGCAGCACAGAGGAUGCCGAAAUCGAGGCUUUGGAGAAGUGUUUAGCCAAGUUAUGAACCGUUAUUUGCGGACAAAGGUGCACAAGUCAUGUAUUCGGAUUCCUUCGAGAUCUUUUACUACAUGGCUUUUAGUCAGUAUUGUUUUCCUUGUUUUAUGUCGACUUGUACACAUCAGCUGACCUAGAACCGUGCGAAAGAAAGUCUAUUUACGCCUUGAUUCGUGUUUAGUGAAGACUUGCAUCCAAGGCAUUCACAGUUAUUUAUUUAGACUACACAAUCCAUCCUGAACGUUCUAAUUUAACACCAUAAACUGCUAUUUAUUGUUUCACGGUACCACCAGUUUACUGUGUUUAUAAAAAA